UUGACAUCCUCCACCUUGCAGUCAAGAAACAGCAGGACAAAGCAACUCGCUCGAUAACGUUAGCCAUCCCCCUCCUCUACAUCCUGCAAGCCAAACUUCUUCGUUCCUCAGACACAGAGACAAUGGCCGAUACGAAAAGAAGGCGACUAGGGAACUCCUUUGUGGCUGCUCCUCCUCUUUACGACUUCGAUAAAGGUUUCACCGUUUCGGAGCGACUGUCGACACUCGGCUUGAAGAGACAACGUUCAGACGUCGGAGGUUCUGCAAGUUCGGCGACGUUCCCCAAGGUCACGAAAGGUGCUGGAAUAGAGCUGCACGCAUGGGGCGGAAAGGCCCACUUGAACGCUCUUCCUUGGGCUAGGCGACCUGCGCUUUCCGAAAUUUUUCGAGCCUUCACAGCCCCGAAUCUCCUCCUGAAUGAUAAUGGUCAGCAGUUCGAAUCAUGCUUCGACAAGAUUCGGUGGGAUCGGGUUCUUCUGGCUUCUAGCGAGAGGCAAUUGGAAGACAUGUGGCUGCCAAGUUUGGAAUAUAUUUUUCCGUCUGAUAUCUAUGCGGUUCGGAAUGAUCGAACAGAUAUCCUGGUGCCGCGGGAUCUCGCCAUUGGAUUCUCCAAGCCAAAACCCGAUUACAUUGUGUAUUCGGAACCGGGAGCUUUACCGAACAUCUGUUACGGAUACGAUUGUGCGAUCCCGCUGUUUUCGAUUGGCAAUAAAGGGGGCCCAAAUGGCAUCACCAUUGACGCAGCUAUACCCCAGGAUGUCGCAACGACCUACGCGACAGCCCACACCUGGGCCGUGUUGGGCAAGAACAUCGAUGACAUCGCCGUGCUCUCCGCAAGCACGGAACAAGGGCUCGUCACCCAGUUUUUCUGCACAUUUUUCAGCGAUCCUGUCGAGGACGAACCCGCCACACCAGCGGAAGUAACAGCCGCAACCACCCCGGCGAGAUCUCCAACAGAGUUAUCAGAAACUCCCGUGUCGCAUGCGGCUCUGGCGGCGGCUCUCGGAAGCCCUACUCAGCAACGACGCCAAGGUGGACUUUUGCGUCAUCUAAUAAUGAUACCGCUUACCAAGAAGAUGGACCCGACUGACCCCGGUGAACGUAUGACGCUGGUGCGAUUAUUCGCGGAGGCUGGAGGAAUUGUCAAACAACAGAUUCAGUGGUUCGUUGACCAAAAUGCGGCACCCACCCUCUUCAAAAUCCGGGCUGCCGCGGAGCCUCGUGAGGAGAAUGGCCAUGACGAUGACGGCGAGGAAGGUCUGCUCCGACGGGAAUACACGCUGACGGAAGAGGAAAUGGUUGAAGGCAUCAAGGAAGCCUACUUCGACAUCCCGAUUGCCGGAGUGCAAUCGCAAACGUCGGUGGCGAUCUAAAUGUGUUAAGCGGAAAACCAAGUCCGCAGGGGCUCCGGCCUGGACGGUAUAUCGGUAAACGGCGAAAGGUUCUUCCACAGGAACCUUGCGCAGAUCCCGGGGUUGGUGAACAUAGAUCUCAUGAGCGACAUUCAGUCGAUUAUUGGCAAGAUUCAAACCGGUGGGCUCAUCGAGGUACCACAG